AUGCAAUGGACACACCGUGAGCUGGUCGUGGGCUUUGCCUCCGGCCUCAUUGUUGCUGCGGUUCUCGACCAGCUGCGCCGACACGUCGACACCCGCGGGAAAGAAGCCGACUUGAGCCAUCCGACCAAGAAGACAGCUCCAGCUCCGGCUUCAGCUCCGGUUCUGCAGCUUGACCAAGGGCUCCCAGCUAUCGGGGUCGGGAUUGAAUCCACGAUCGGCAACACUCCGCUGAUCGAGAUCCGAUCGUUAUCUGCCGCGACGGGAUGCACGAUCCUGGCCAAGUGCGAAUUCCUCAAUGGCGCAGGCAACAGCCCCAAGGACCGGGUGGCGCUGAGCAUGAUGGAACGAGGCGAAGCGGCGGGACUUCUGGAGCCGCACUCAGGUGACACCAUCUACGAAGGCACGGUCGGGUCGACGGGGAUCUCGCUGGCGACGCUGUGCCGGGCGCGCGGCUAUCUCGCGCACAUCUGCAUGCCCAGCGACCAGAGCUUCGAGAAAUCCAAUCUCCUGCUCAAGCUGGGCGCCGUGGUGGAGCGGGUGACGCCGGCUCCGAUCGUCGACCAAGCGCACUACGUCAACCGCGCGCGAAACCUGGCCCGCGACCACACGGCCGACCCGGCCAAACAGGGCAGAGGCUACUUCGCCAACCAGUUCGAGACCGAGGCCAACUGGCGCGCCCACUACGAAGGCACAGGGCCCGAGAUCUACCAUCAGACCGACGGGCAGGUCGACGCCUUCGUCGCCGGCGCCGGCACGGGCGGCACCCUGUCCGGCGUCGCCAUGUUCCUGAAAGAGCGUCUCCCGCAGCUCAAGGUCGUCCUGGCCGAUCCGCAGGGCAGUGGGCUCUACAACAAAAUCAAGCACGGCGUCAUGUUCCACCCGCUCGAGAGGGAAGGCACCCGCCGCAGAGACCAGGUCGACACCAUCGUCGAAGGUAUCGGCCUGACUCGCUCCACCGUCAACUUCGAACAGGGCCGCGACCUGAUUGACGAUGCCGUCAAGGUCACUGAUCUGCAGGCCAAAAACAUGGCGAGAUGGUUGGUCGAGAGGGACGGCAUCUUCAUCGGCAGCAGUAGUGCCGUUAAUUGCACAGCUGCUCUCCAAACAGCCCUGACCAUGGGGCCUGGCCAUCGCGUCGUCACGAUCCUAUGCGACUCCGGGGCGCGCCACCUGUCCAAGUUCUGGGCUCAAAUCGGCGACAUUGGAGGAGAUGCACGCACCACUAUCGACGAUAUCGUGCAAGGGAGGGCUGUGACUUGA